AUGGUGGAGCGAGGGGACCUCUCCCUUCCCAUGCAACGUGACUGCCUCAUCCACUACUUCAAAUGCCUUUGCAUGGUUGAGCCACUCUUCACCGCUACCUCCUCCGACUCCCAUUCCGAACCCAUCGUCUUUGUCUGGUACGACGCCUUCUACUCUGAGCAUGAGAAUGGGGUCUCCUCGCAGCGCAACAGCAUCCAAUUGGAGAAGGCUUCUGUUCUCUUCAACCUUGGCGCCAUAUACAGCCAGAUUGGAGCCUCUUGCGACCGCACCACCGCCCUUGGCCGUCACCUUGCAAUGGAUGCCUUCAAUGCCGCCGCCAAAUUCUUCUCGGAACUCUGGAAGGUUUUCGCCAAGGACAUCUCCGCCACCCUCGACUUGACUCUCCUCUUCACCGAGACUCUGCACCACCUCUUCUCCGCUCAGGCUUCCGAGCUCAAAUUACAGCAACAACUCCACGACGAUUCGUUUAAAUCGGUUUGCAAGCAUUAUCUGAGUGCAUAUGAUCUUAUACUUGGUGAUUCGGCUGCAAUCAAGCAUGUCUGCUUAUUUGACGAAACUUGGAUAACUCAUCUUCAUCAGAAGAAGAAAUUCUUUCAGGCGGAGGCUCUUCAGAGGAAAUCAUCCAUCCUACCCAAACCCAAGCGACCUAAAACAUCCUCAUCGGUCCAAUCUUGUCCCCUUGAUCAUGAUGCAGAAUCCAUCACCGAAAAAUUAGUUAGAGGGAUUUGCAGGCACUCGGACCUGUGGACACCCAAGCAACAACUAAUAUACCUUGACCUCCUCCUCUCCGAGAACAGCCCUUUCAAGAUUAUGGAUGGUGGAAAGCUGGUGGCUAACCCAUGGGACAUGCCUCCUCCUUAUCCAAAAAAUUUCGCAAUCCUCUCUUCUUCGUCAGGUAUGCUGUCAUUCGGUUUGAAGAAGAGUGAGCCCUUGGACCUCUAUGAGUCCCUUCGCAGUUAUGUUGCCCUUAAAUACUCUGAGAGCGAGGCAAACAGAGUAGAAGGCCUUUUCAAAACGGUAGACAAAUUGCGCAGUGAAAUGCAGCGUAAUGACCUCUCUCUACCCGUUCGCCGUGAUUUCCUCAUCCAGUAUUUGAAAUGCCUUUGCAUGAUUGAGCCUUUGUUCCCCAUGACUACCUCACCCAAUCCACCUAUCUUUGUUUGGUACAAUUCAUUCAACUCACAAGAGAACUCUUCUCAGCACAACAUCCAUUUCGAGAAGGCCUCUGUUCUCUUCAACCUGGGAGCCCUCUCCAAGCGAAUUGCUCUCUCCUGCGAUCUCACCACCAUCCAAGGCCAUCGCCUUGCCAAGGACGCCUUAAAUGAUGCUUCGCAUUGGUUCUCGAAACUGUGGCUUGAGGCUGGGAAGGUAUCUGCCACCACCAGUGACUUGUCAGUAGAACGGGCCAAGAUGGUGAAAGAGAUAAUAGCAGCUCAGAUUGCCGAGUUGACAUGGAAUUGUCCUCAUUCCUAUUCUGAUCUAUCAUCAUCUCCGGUUCCUCGGCUUUAUCAGAAAGCUUAUGAUCUGUCGACACUUGAGCUUUUGGCUGAGAAUCUUGUUCAAUCCUCGAUACCUCAAUAUCUGAAGAUGAAAACCUGCCCUGUUGUAACUGAUCUUGGUUAUAUCACUGAACAAUUUCUUUCAGGGUAUGGUAAGGCUAAAUCCCUGCUUGUAGAAGGAUGUCAACCACCAUGCUUGGACCUUCUCUCACAGAUCAGCCCGGUCAAUAUUAAGGAUGGGAAUCUUGUGGCCAAUGCAACCUUAGAGGCACUAAGGUUGGCAUUGAAGGACAUGAACUUGCAGGAGUCCAAACCACCACAAUAACAUUACCAUAGAGAAAAACUAUGUGAGCUUUAGGAAUUAACUUUUUUUUUUCUUUUAAACUAAAUAAGCUUUAGGAAUUAGUUACUCUUGUUCAAAACUAUUCCUUCAAAAUUUAUUGUUUCUAUCUACACAAUUUUAUGAUGUGCUGCAAGAUCCAUUGAUGAGUUCUGCUUUGUU